AUGCUUGCUUGUCUUGGACUCAUCUUCAUGACCCAGUGGCUGCUUCCUGUUGCCCAGACGUAUGUUGACUGGCAAUGCACAGAUUUGGAGAUGCCAGAACCACCUAUCAGAAAUUUGACACUGAAUCCUUGGAAAAUGCAACUGAGUUGGAUAAGCAGUACGAAUUUCACCGAGUACGAGUGUUCUGUGGCAGCAGACAAUGAAAAGGCCAUUAUAAAGGCAGAGGACAUGACCUGCAUAUUUGAUGGAAAUCUAAUGUUUCCUCUGCACAACGGGGCAAAGUUUUCAGUUACAGCAGUGAACAUCAACAGUACAUACUCAAGCAUAUGCAGAUGUAUUCCUCAAGGUAUGAAUGGGUCAGCCAUUGAAAACUUCUCCUGUGUGAUUUAUAAUGUUUCUCUCAUGAACUGCACUUGGCAGGCAGGCAGGAAUACUCCAGGAGAUACCCAGUAUUUUCUCUACUGGCAGAAUUCAAGAGAUGAUAAUGAGACAGAAUGUGAGCUUUAUAUUAAAGAUGAAAAUGGCAGACACGUGGGAUGUAGAUUCCAAAAUGUGAUGAUUGAAGACAAAACUGCUUACUUCAUGGUGAAUGGGUCUAGCAAUGUCUCCCUGAUCCGGUUCUAUGAUAAAUACAUCGAACUGUAUACAAUUGAAAAGCUCAUGCCUCCUUCAGAUGUCACUGUCAAAUGUGACAAAAAUCAAAAUGAUUGCAUAAUUCAGUGGCAACGACCCCAAAUAAGUCAUUUGGACAAAGACAAGUGUUUUAAAUAUGAAGUCAAAAUAACAUAUAAGGGUAAUUCUGCAGAAGAGGUCAUACAUACUUUUACAAAAGAAAUUGAAAGAAGCCACAUACUUCAAAGUUACAAUAUGGGAAAGAAGUACCUUGUGAAAAUCAGAGCAGCUGGCCAUUACUGUUUUGUGAAUAAUGCCUGGGGGGAGUGGAGUGCAGCUGUUGAGUUUGGAAACGAAGACAUUUUUUCUUCUUCAGCAUGGAUUUUAUCUGUGGUGGCAGUUGCAAUAUUCUUCGUGGCUUUUUUCACAAUUUUGUUCUGCAAAAGGACUCAUUACUGGAAAACAGCAUUUCCAAAAGUCCCACAGCCAAAAAAUCCAUUUAAUGGACAGCCUGAUAUAAAUCCAGAGCUGAUGGAGUGCAAAAUGCAGUCAAUAACAUCUGAAAAUGAACAGAUUUUAGUUGCUGAAUUAGUAAAAUAA